UCCGUUCUCCCUACCUGGUGCGCGCUCCCUACGCAGAGGAAACUAAUUUUGUCCGGGAUAUCUAUCUUGCCACGUCCCUCUCUUCAUACGUUUGGUGCGUGAGCAGGUUAGGGCUGUCUUUGAUGGAGCGCUGGCGGGACAGAGUGGCUCUGGUGACCGGAGCCUCGGUCGGGAUCGGGGCGGCUGUAGCCGUGGAGCUGGUCCGGCUCGGUAUGAAAGUGGUGGGCUGCGCCAGGGACGUGGGGAAAAUACAGAAACUGGCAGCAGAGUGUCAGAGUGCCGGCCACCCUGGUGUUUUGGUGCCUUUGAAGUGUGACUUGACCAAAGAGGAGGAGAUUCUGUCCAUGUUUGCCACGAUCAAAGAGCAGCACAAAGGCGUGGACGUAUGCAUCAAUAACGCUGGCUUGGCUCAUCCAGAGACGCUGCUAAACGGCAAAACCAGUGGCUGGAAGAACAUGUGGGAUGUGAACGUUCUUGCACUGAGUAUCUGCGCACGUGAAGCUUAUCAGUCAAUGAAAGAGAGAAAUGUGGACGAUGGGCACAUCAUAAACAUAAACAGCGUGUGCGGCCAUCAAGUGUUUCCUAAUCCUGACGGACAUUUCUACACCGCCACCAAGUAUGCUGUAACUGCGCUGACUGAGGGCCUGAGGCAGGAGCUGCGUGCAGAAAACACUCAUAUCCGGGCCACAAGCAUUUCUCCUGGCUUUGUGAAGACAGAAUUUGCAUACCGCCUCUACAGAGACAAUUCUGAUAAAGCAGCUGCUGUAUACACUAAAAAUAAGUCUCUGGAAGCAAAAGAUCUCGUCAGUGCCGUCACAUAUGUGCUCAGUGCCCCUCCUCAUGUUCAGAUUGGGGAGAUUUUGCUUGAAAGUUUGUAGCAGGUGUCAUGCAACUUGGCCGUGAGACCCAUCCCAAUCUUUACAUCAAAGUAGUGUGACUGGCUCUCCUUACUUCUCAACACUGUCAGAUUGUAAUCAAUUCACAGAAGGAUAAAAUGGAGGAAACUCAUCCAGCUGUUAGCUCUCUACUAUCUAACUGUCUUCUUAUCAAAGGCUCCCGUGGUACCUUUUCACAAGCGUCCUACUGGCCAACUCCAGGAAUGCCCAUAAAAACACUUUGAUUAAUGACAGCUUCCUUCUUAUUGUAACAGAUCUCAGUUGCUGGACAGUAUUUAAGCUCUAAGAGUGUUUUUACUGUUAAGCAGAUGUUUAUUUCGUCUGGUUAGAACCUUCGAUGAGGAUGUCAGUCAGACAUACACAGAGUGUAUGUUCUCAUCCCUGAGGAGAAACUGUUGCAUCUUUAAUUUGUAGCCUCCCUUCAAAACAGUCUGUGAAACAUUUACCAUCUCUGUGUUUUUUCCAUCUCAGUGAGAAGUUGCAUCAUGUGACCCUAAUGUCCUGGCAAAUUUUACUGACUUUAUGUACUCAUGAAAACACUCUAUAAUAUUUUACUGAUAAUUUUCACUAAUGAAUAA